AUGUCGUCAACGAAUGAAACACACGUUCGAACAGAAGGAGAUGGUCAGAGUGAACCUCAACAUCACAUUCCACCGUUGACCCCUGUUACCUUUGAGGCACGAGAGUUAUGGGAAGAUUAUCGCAAUGCAAUCGAAGCUAAAGCACAAAAACAUUUUUCAAUGCCGGCAACAUUUCAGAUGGUUCCUCUAAGAAUGUCUGUUCUUGAUAUCGAAGGAACGAAGACUUAUUUCUUCAAAGCUCGAGUUCCGAAUAACAAGUUUGUCAAUGUUCGUCUUAGACUGUCGGGUCAUGCUGAGCCUCGAGAUAAUCAAGUGGCAGUGGAAUCACGUGCUAGUGGUGGCCUUGAUGAAGAAAUAACGAAGAUCUUUUAG